AAUGCGGCGGGUUUUCUCGGCAAGAAAGCCGACAAUAAUGAGGCACAGUACAUUGUUUAUUUUUUAUCGCAUGCUAUGGUUUUUUGCACUGGCGUCAUAUUAGAACCACACGUUGUGCUUACACCGGCUAGUUGUGUCUUCGGUGAAAAAUAUAGGUUCGAUGUAUUUGCUGGUACUCAUAUGUUUUUGGAGAAAACUGGUAUUAGCAGAUCGGUAAAUAACCUUUGUGUACAUCAAGGAUACAACCAUUCGUUGCGAUGGAAGGAUUGUCAGCCGGAUAACCUGGCAUUGCUGAUCUUAAGCGACCAGUUUUCAUUCCAUCAGCCAGAGGAAGGCGCAGAUUACGUAGUAAAUAAGGUCCGGUACGGAGCUGCUUCACCUCGUGUUGAAACCAGACACAGGGACCGCUCUUGCCGCCUUUACGGUUGGGGAAGCAGGAGAGGAGGUUUAUUGGUCCCAGUAUUAAUUCAUCUCUAUAGAAUGGAGAUUACUCUGUUGCCGUCGAAAUAUUGCGUUAACUUGUGGAAUUAUGACAACAAAUAUCUUUGUAUUCGUCAGCCACCUUGUAAGAAUGAAAAGUACGGAGCAUUGUGUCCAGACGAUAUUGGUUCGGUUGUCGUGUGCUCGGGCUUCGUCCUCGGCAUGAUGACGUCACGUCUUGUUGAUCGGCCGUGCGGCGUCGGCUUCCUCGAUCUGACGAAGUACGCCAAGUACCUGACUUGCGGCGUCGACGCCUCCCGUGACGUCAUCGACCACGAAGCUAUCAUGGAGUUCGACUAUACCACGGAACCUCUUAUCACACUCUAUACAGUCUCUCCCGAUAAGGCCAAAAAGAAGAAUAUUAAAAAUGACACGGACGACACAAAGGAAUUAAAUACAUAA